CGCUAUCACCCGAGAACAGCUGUAAAGCGACAUGCUUUCUGCUUCCUCUUGUUCCCGUGGUAUCCAAACAAUUUCCAAACGUGGGUAGAUAGAAGCGCAUAUUUCCAAAGUUCGGACAGAGAAAAUUAUGCAUACGCAUAACAACUUCAAGACCCCCUCCGACGAUGACGAACUGGACGUUCUGGACGAGGACAUGGUGGUGGGCGUCAUCGCGGAGAUCGAGCAGGAGGUGCUGAACGAGUCGGACAGCGACAACGACGAGUACGACCUAGUGGAUAUGGGUGCUCCGGUGCCGCCGAAUGAUGGCGACAGCAGCUACGAUGGCAACGAGAGCAUCAGCAGCGACGACAGCUUCGAUCCGAAUGCAGCGGACUCCGACUCGGAUGAUUCGAUGCCGGAGAAGGCCGCUGGUGGAUCCGCUGGGGGAGCAACAAGUGCGAAGCGGCGAAAGGAUGACGAUGGUCCGUCGGGCAGCAACCGGGAAUCGGAGGCCGCCUUCGACCUGGACGAAGAUGAUGAAACGGACGAGACUGUGCGUGCCAUCAUCGCCGCCAUAAAGAAACCACGCAGUGCGCCGCCAGAGAUCAAGCUGGAGGACUUCAUCACGGACAUCUGCUUCCAUCCGGAUCGCGAUAUUAUUGCCCUGGCCACCAUCAUCGGGGAUGUGCACCUGUACGAGUACGCAAACGAGGAGAACAAGCUGCUGCGCACCAUUGAGAUUCAUUCCAAGGCCUGCCGCGACGUGGAGUUCACCGAAGAUGGGCGCUUCUUACUCACCUGCUCCAAGGACAAGUGCGUGAUGGUCACCGACAUGGAGACGGAGAAGCUGAAGAAGCUCUACGAGACAGCCCACGAUGAUGCCAUCAAUACGAUGCACGUGCUCAACGAAAAUCUCUUUGCCACCGGCGAUGACUCAGGCACAGUCAAGCUGUGGGAUUUGCGCACCAAGAACUCCAUCUUCGAGCUCAAGGAGCUGGAGGAUCAGAUCACCCAGCUGACAACGAACGACCAGAGCAAGCUUCUACUGGCCACCAGUGCCGAUGGCUACCUGACUACGUUUAACAUCGCCGCACGAAAGAUGUACGUGCAAUCGGAGCCGUACGAGGAGGAGCUGAGCUGCAUGGGCAUCUAUCGCGGGGACUCCAAGCUGGUGGUGGGCACCUCCAAGGGACGACUUUAUACCUACAACUGGGGCCAGUUUGGCUACCACUGCGACAUGUAUCCGGGCAUCAAGAGCCCCAUUAGCCUGAUGAUUCCCAUCACGGACAGAAUUGCCUGCGUGGCCGGGGAGGAUGGAAACAUUCGUGCUUGUCACAUCGCUCCAUACCGCAAUCUCGGCGUGGUGGGGCAGCACAACAUGCCCAUCGAGUCGCUGGACGUGAACACCAAUGGUGAGCUGCUCGCCUCCUCCUCGCACAACAACGACGUGCGGUUCUGGAACGUUAAGUAUUUCGAGGACUUUGGGGACAUCAAGUACAACGACAAGCACAAUGCGUACAAGGAGAAGCGUCACAAUCUGCCCUCCUCCAAGGUAACCAACGCCUCGGACUUUUUCGCUGACCUGACCAAAGAGGAUGCGGAUGAUGAUGAUCCGAGCGCAGGACCCAGUAACACAGCCUAGAGUGGAAAUUAUGCUAGCAAGGAUUUUUAGCUGUACUCGCUGGGUGGGUCGAUUUGAAAGGAUACAAGUUUAAGGACAAUUCUUACCUGUUGGCAUAGUUUAAAGAAAUAACUUAUAACCUAAUCUCUUUUUAAACCAGCGCUCGACACGGAAUACAAAGACAUUUUGUCUUUUAUUUGUGUGGGUAAUUUGAACGGUGUACGCUGUAUGUGUCCCGGCAGAGGCUAAGCAGAGCUAUUUCCUAUGCCCGCUAAUGGGACGCUGCCGAUCGCUGGUUUAAAGUAACUUUGUUUUAAAAAACUCCUGUUUAAAUAUUUAUGCAGUAGAACAUUGCUUCUUAGCAAAUAGAUAAACCAAUUUUUUAGAAAUAUGUUUACAGAAUACAUAUUUUGCCAUACCAUUUGUGUGUACAAAAAAUUGACCCAUCCAUUCAUCAUAGUAGAGUGUUGAAUUAAGAAAACCUCUUUUAAACCCGUCUAAAUGUAGAAACCAAUCUUUAAUACGUUGCACGAAAGAUUGUACACAAAGUAGCGUAUUUAAAUUUCGUAUUAAACUGUUAAUGAUUAUUAAAUAAAGUCACAGAAUAGAACUGAUUAAAGAAAGAAUAAAACAUCCCAAAUAAGA